GAGAGGGUCAGGCUCUCAAACUUUGGGAUGCGGCUUGUUCCCUUCCCUUAGUUUGUCAGGAUUGUUUGGACAUCAGGAAGAAUUUAUUCACAGAAAGGGUGAUUAGACAUUGCCGUAGGCUGCCCAGGGAGGUGGCGGAGUCACCGUCCCUGGAAGUGUUUAAGGAAAGACUGGACGUGGCGCUUAGUUUUAGUUGACACGGUGGUGUUGGGUCAUAGGUUGGACUCGAUGAUCUUUUCCAAAAUAAUUGACUCUGUGAUCGUGGUUCUGAUUCUGAGGUCUCUUUCUCCUCUGCUUUAUGGGAAGGAUUAUGUGGGUUAGUAGUUUCGGAUUAUUUCCUUGUCUGAAUGUACCUGACAAUGUCAAAGUGGCUUUAUUUGUUGUGUUCUAUAGUGCUUUACUUUGUUACACGGAUUUCUGAAGUGUGCUGUAGGGUGGAAGAAUUAAGGCUCCUGCCUGCAUAAUGCAGCUGUCACAACCCUCAGAACUGGGGACAAAAGAUUGUCUGACACUAUUACGUACACUUGAAGCAAGCACAGAAGCUGUAUCUUCACUCUAUGUCAAGCAGGAGUGCAGCUUGCACCCACUUCCCAAUUUUAUGUUUUAUGGAAGGCUGUCAUGAGAGGCAGACAUCCUGUCAAGAAAUGCCAUGAUUAAGUUGGUACUGAAGGCUGGCAGGUGCAGGAGGGUGGGCUUGGUGUUACACUAGAUCUGCUUACAAUUUUUGGGAAGCUAGACUUCUUAAAAAAUGGGAGUAUCCUGAGCAAACCAUAGUCACAGGCCACUUUCAAGGCCCUCUAAAAAAUAUUAUGAGAUAUUGGCAGAUAGGUCUAAAAUAAUUACUCUCAGAUCACAAACAGGAUGACCAAUUUGUUACAAAAGACUAGAACAUAUGCCACUUUCUGGGACUUUUCCAAAUGUUGCCUUAGGAUCGAGUACGAUCAUAACACAGAAAUAAACAAGAUAUAAUUGAGUAUGUCUUGAGGAAAAAAAAAAUACAGUGAAACAGGCUCUGGUUUCCAUCAUCUGAGGUUUCCUGUGCAUGGGAGAAAAUGAAACCAGACAUGUGCUAAUUCCUAUCUGUGAACUCAGUGAAUGCUGACGUGUGUGAGGAAUUGGACAGCUCUUGGGAAGGUGGAGUAAGAGGAAUGGCCAUUCAGCUGACUUUUACCUGUCUAUGGCCAGCUUUCUCCAUGUUCCUCUUUUCCAUGAGUUCUUCCAGUCCUUGUUUGCAGGGAGGGCUGUGAAGGGGUGUAAGGGGAAAUCAAUAAAGAUGAGGCAGAAUUGGAUGCUAACUAGGGGAAACAUAAGAACAGUGCAAGCAUGGAGUGGUGCUUCCAUGGUGUACUGUUGGUGAUCGUUUUGGGAUCAGAAUCAUGCUGAACAAAGGGCAGUGGUUUGGUUUUAAUAACCCUGGUAGUUUUUCUGUGGAUUUUUCCAGUUGCCUCUUGAAUCCAUAUGACAUUGUAGCAUUGACGACAGCUUGUGACAAGGCUGGUGACGUUUUGUGAAGAACACCCCGUGGUACCUGUGAGCCAAACACCUGCUGGUUGGAUUUGGUAGUCUUCAGUUCUGUCGUGGAAUGAGACAGUGAACCUGAUCCCUGUUCAUUUCCCUGCACCUGUAAGAGAUUUAUAGACCAUUUGUAGUGGAAAUGCAGUCUUCUGUCAUCUUCAGGUGGUUGAGGCAUACAGAAUUUUUGAACGAAAACGUAUGAAAUUUGUAACAAUUUGGUGAAUUACUUCAUGCAGUUUUGAAUAAUGUUUAAAAAAGACAUUUAAAGGCAGUUCUGAAAGCACUACCGUAUCCUUAAUGUUCAUUCUUCAAUCUCUGCCUAUGUAAGUCUAUAUCAAAUUUGCCACUCGACUCCUUCUGUAAAGCUGUGCUGUUUUGAGAGCUGGGUAAAGCAGCUCUUUCAUUGUGAAGAUUUAGUAAACUUUUUUCUUAUGUUAAUACAUUUUCAAGUAAGGCUGAAUGUUCUGUUACAGUAUGUAUAUUAUACAUCUCUUGACAUAUGUGUGAUCUUGCAACCAAAGUGAUUUUCUUUUAUUGGCAUCAUUUUUUUAGCUAGUUUUCUGAUUUUGCUGUUAGGAAGCUGAGGAAAAAGUACAUAUUUUCACAGGGUGGGUUUUUAAGAUGAUGGUAACAAAACCUGGCUGACUGGUGUUCUUAAGAUCGUUCAUCUAAACACAAUUUUUACCUUAUGUGAUUUUGUAGUAUAUAAGAGAAUAUAUUAAGGUUUCAGGGGAGGCUUAUCUCCUGUUAGAGAGCCUAAUUUCUCUAAAUGUAAAUAGGAGUCUUCAAGAAAGUUUUGUUCUAGAUUUAUGCAAAUAUUUAUUUACAUACAGAACAGACAUAAAAAUUGAAAUAAUACCUCUCAAGAUGUCUUUAUCCUUUGUCCGUUGUCUGUGCAUACAUGCUGUGGUUAGUGGUAUUUAUGUUCUUUGUCCUUAGGAGUUAUAGGAGCAAAACAACUAUGGUGAGAUGGAAUAUUGACAAUCUUAAGGCUUUGGAAAUACAGCUGUGGUUGUGUUGUGUUGUGUUAUGUUCCCAAAGUGUCCUGAUCAGAGGAUAUUAUAGAGUAAUUAAACAUAGAGUAUGAGAUAGCUCAACAUGAACUUUAACCGUCGAGAUCAUUUCAAAAGCGAACAGAACAGUAUUUUUUCUUCUGAGAGCUGGCUGCAGGAUUCAGAGUUUCUCCUGCAGUGCAGUCAUAUUCACUACCUUUUCCUGAAGCAGGACAUGGAGCUUUGUUUCUCUCUUCACGUUAGGUGCUAACAAAGUUAUUUGUUUCAUCAGAGGAAAUGCAGAUCCAUGAAAUUACAUUUUGUGCAAGUUGUCGUUAACUCUGUUGGCAAUGUCUAUGAUCUUGUCUGCCUCUGUGGUCCGUGUGAGGGAUGGGCUCCCACUGUCUGCAUCCACUGAUUAUGAGCAGAGCACGGGAAUGCAAGAAUGUAGAAAAUAUUUUAAAAUGCUCGCAAAGAAACUUUCUCAGCUUCCUGAUAGGUGUACUCUGAAAACUGGACAGUAUAACAUAAACUUUAUAAGUUCCCUGGGAGUAAGCUAUAUGAUGUUGUGCACUGAAAAUUAUCCCAGUGUCCUGGCUUUCUGCUUCCUGGAUGAGCUUCAGAAAGAGUUCAUCACUACCUACAAUAUGAUGAAGACAAAUACUGCAAUCAGACCAUACUGUUUUAUAGAGUUUGAUAAUUUCAUUCAGAGGACCAAACAGAGAUACAACAACACACGUUCUUUGUCAACAAAGAUGAAUCUUGCUGACAUGCAGACAGAGAUCAAACUGAGACCACCCUACCAAAUUUCCGUGUCAGAACUUGGCUCAGCGAAUGGCUUUGCACAUAUAUCUGUGGGGGAGUAUAAGGGUACUGGUAAGAUAUCUGCAGCUCCUCAUCAGCGUCUGGAACCUGUGACUCUGCCAGGGAUUGUCUCAUUCGUGCUUAGUCUGUUAUGUGGAGCUUUGAACUUAAUUCGUGGCUUUCAUGCCAUUGAAAGCCUUCUCCAGAAUGAAGGUGAAGAUUUCAGCUAUGUUAUUGCAUUUUUUCUUGGAACGGCAGCCUGUUUGUACCAGUGUUACCUGUUUGUGUACUACACGGGCUGGAGGAAUGCCAAAUCCUUCCUGACCUUUGGGCUGAUUUGCCUGUGUAACAUGUAUCUGUACGAACUGCGCAACCUGUGGCAGCUCUUCUUUCAUGUGACUGUGGGAGCAUUUUCUACCUUACAAAUCCGACUGCGACAACCACAGGGAAAGUCCCCUGAUUACAAUGUCUGACAAGUCCUGGAACAUUUAGAGGAAGUCUUGUUCCAGUAGUUUUUCACUCUCAGGAAUGUAAAACUGUUCUCCAAAAGAAGAAGCUGUUUGGAUGGUUUUUUUGUUUUUUUUUUUUAAAUAAAUCAGUGUAAGAUGCCUGUGGACAUUUUUCACUUGAUGGUUGAACUUUUUUUUAAUUAUUUUUUUUAUUUUCUUGAAAAGGGCACAAAAGAGUAUGGGACUAGAGGAGGAAAGUGGAGCAUAUCGUGGAGUGAAAUGUAUGUAGGGACACCAAUUUUGAGGAAUUUGACUGGUGGCAUAAAAAAAACUUCAUUUAAAAGAGUGUUAAUGGAGGAAUGUGUAGAGUAUGUGUUCUGCAUAUCAUGCAAGCUUUUCACUUCCAAAAUCAGUUUUGCCUUUGUGAGGCAGUAGGGAAUAGGCUAAAUAAGUAAUAAUAAUAAUGCUAUUGCAUAUUAGCAAACUAGAUGUGGAAUAUGUAAGAUACCAGAUUUUGGAAUGUUUUGUUUCAUGUUGACAUAUAUAUGAAUGUUUUCUUAAUUAAAAUGUAACCUGGAAACUCAAUUUCUGGGGAUCAGCUUCACCCAUGGCCCUCUGUCUAGUGCUGUAAGUUCUUUAAUGUUUUUUCAUUUAUCAUUUUCUUUUAAUUAUCAUUUGAAAGUGAUCUAUGUAGACAGAGUUCCUUUUCAGUAAUUAUUCAGAAAGUUCUGCCAUUUAACCCAGGAUUUUUGUGCACUUGUGUUUGGACUCUGGAAGGGUUGAAAGAAAACUGAUUGGUGAGUAAAUUGAGUGACUUGUACUUGCUGGACUAUUGUUCUUUUUCUAUGUUUUUCAUUACUUUCAGAUAUGGAUAAAUAAUUAGCUCAAACCUGAGAUAAAAACUGGUGACAGGAAAAUAAUAAAUCAGUCUGUUUAGCUUAAACAAGAA